AUGCUUUGGUAUAAUUCUUCUUAUUCCUUGAAUUUAAAGAUAAAUGGAAAUAUUGAAAUGAUUGCUAUUUACUUAAGCAUAUGCGGAUUUUUAACCUAUAUUAUUAUGCUUAUUUACUUCGCAUUUAAACAAAACAAGAAAAAGUCUAUUGAAAAAGAAUCCAUGAUCACCAAAACUUCAAAAUCUUUUCAAUUUUCAGGCAAAGUUGAUACUCAGUCAGGUAUCGACCAAAGCACAAUUUUAGACAUAAGUGCAAUCGACAGCAAGCAGCCAAAGCCUAACUCCCCCCCCCCCCUCCGUGAGCGAACAAAAAAAUUUUUGUUCACUCACGGAGGGGGGUUAAUUUUUUUUUUUAAAAAAAAAUUUAUAUAUAAAUUUUAUAAAAAAUAUUUUUUUCGAAAUUUAAAAAAAUCCUAAUUUGCAAAAAUUGGGAAGCAAAUAUUAAUUUAAUUUGCAAAAUUUAUGUUUUAAAACGCAAUUUGUUUAAAAUUAAACAGAAUUAGCUCUAGAUUUCAUUAUACUAAUUUAUCACUUAUAUAUCAAAAUUUUUUUCCAUUAAAAUUUUUUCUAUUAAAAAAAAUUUUUGUUUACUCACGGAGGGUGGGUUUUUGGUCAAAAAAUGGCGAUUUUUCUAAUGGUUUUGUUCGCUCACGGAGGGGGGGGGGAGUAAGCCAAAAUUUAAAAAGCCAAACGAAGAUCCAGAAUCCCUAAAUUCCACCACUAUUAAACGGCCUAAAUUUAAAAGAAAUUUAACUAUCCAAAUACCUGCCAGUCCCCAAUAUAAAGACCUUAAAAAAUUGCAAGACCAAGAAAAAGAGUUUAUAUUUGGCUACUUCAAAGAACAGUGCUAUCCGCUUUCUUUUUAUUACUCUCACAAAGAGACAUUUAAAAGAACAUCAAUGAUCACCAUAUGAUGGACAGGAAUUUUUACUGAAUUUUUUUUGGUUUUACUUCUGUUUUAUGAAGAUCUAAAACCAGGAGAUAGUGCUGGGAAAUUUGUCCUAUAUCCAAUAAUCUCAUGCAUGGGAGUACUACCAGUUGGGUUUGCCCUUACACCUCUGUUUCGUGACAAUGUAUAAAAUAUUUAGGGCUCAAUUAUUUCAAUUAUUCUAAAUUUAUUAGGAUAUAUUAUCAGCUGAAUCGCGAUGAUUGCAGUUUGUUUAUCAAGCUUCAUAUUAGAGGUAGUUUAUAUUUAGCUUGACGAUGAAAUAUCAUUUGUUGUCGCAUUUGGGAUUUGUCUUUUUAUUGAAAUCGCAGUUAUGGAACCUAUUAAAACUAUUGUUAAAGCUGCUGGGUAUUUAUGGUUUAAAGAACAAAAUAUUAUGGCUAAAUUUUGUAUUGAAAUUUAA